CUGUUUUGUGUUGUAGCAUUUGUUCUGGAAGCUUGUAUUUACAUUUUAAGUGUAUCUGGAGAGUGGGCUGGAGCCCUCGUCUGGGCUGGGGAAAAAAAAGCCUUUCGGUUCGUCUUUUAGUCUCUCCUCUUCCUUUUUCUCUCCGGUUUCUCAUCACUCCACGCAGCGCGACCAUGCCCAGGAAGAAGGCGGCGGCGGCCUGGGAGGAGCCGAGCUCGGGCAACGGCACGGCCCGUGCGGGGCCCAGGAAGCGCGGUGGCCCGGCCGGCAGGAAGCGCGAGCGGCCCGAGCGCUGCAGCAGCAGCAGCGGCGGCGGUAGCAGCGGCGACGAGGACGGCCUGGAGCUCGACGGGGCCCCCGGCGGGGGCAAGCGCGCGGCGCGGCCGGCGGCAGCCAAGGCGGGCGGCGCGGCCGUGGUCAUCACCGAGCCUGAGCACACCAAGGAGCGCGUCAAACUUGAAGGGUCUAAGUGCAAAGGGCAGCUUUUGAUUUUUGGGGCAACCAACUGGGACUUGAUUGGUCGAAAAGAAGUGCCUAAGCAACAAGCUGCCUACCGCAACCUGGGUCAGAACUUAUGGGGGCCCCACAGGUACGGGUGCCUUUCGGGGGUCCGGGUCCGGACGGUGGUGUCGGGGUCAUGCGCCGCCCACAGCCUCCUCAUCACCACGGAAGGGAAGCUGUGGAGCUGGGGGCGAAAUGAGAAGGGCCAGCUGGGCCAUGGCGACACCAAGAGAGUUGAAGCCCCCAGACUCAUCGAGGGGCUCAGCCACGAGGUGAUCGUGUCCGCGGCGUGUGGGCGGAACCACACCUUGGCCUUGACGGAAGCGGGCUCCGUGUUUGCGUUUGGGGAGAACAAGAUGGGGCAGCUGGGCCUGGGCAACCAGACGGACGCGGUGCCCAGCCCCGCGCAGAUAAUGUACAACGGGCAGCCAAUUACCAAACUGGCCUGUGGGGCUGAAUUCAGUAUGGUAAUGGACUGCAAAGGAAACCUCUAUUCCUUUGGGUGCCCUGAAUAUGGUCAGCUGGGACACAACUCGGACGGCAAGUUCAUUGCCCGGGCGCAGCGGAUAGAGUACGACUGUGAGCUGGUGCCCCGGCGAGUGGCAAUCUUCAUCGAGAAGACGAAAGAUGGCCAGAUCCUGCCGGUCCCGAACGUGGUGGUACGGGACGUGGCCUGCGGCGCUAACCACACGCUGGUACUGGACUCCCAGAAGCGCGUCUUCUCCUGGGGCUUCGGUGGCUACGGCCGGCUGGGCCACGCCGAGCAGAAGGACGAGAUGGUCCCCCGCCUGGUGAAGCUGUUCGACUUCCCUGGGCGCGGGGCGUCCCACAUCUACGCCGGCUACACCUGCUCCUUUGCCGUCAGCGAAGUGGGUGGUCUGUUUUUCUGGGGGGCCACAAACACGUCCCGGGAGUCCACCAUGUACCCGAAGGCCGUGCAGGACCUCUGCGGCUGGAGAAUCCGGAGCCUGGCUUGUGGGAAGAGCAGCAUCAUCGUGGCUGCGGACGAGAGCACGAUCAGCUGGGGCCCGUCUCCGACCUUUGGGGAACUGGGCUACGGGGAUCACAAGCCCAAGUCUUCCACUGCAGCGCAGGAGGUGAAGACGCUCGAUGGCAUCUUCACGGAGCAGGUUGCCAUGGGUUACUCACACUCCUUGGUGAUAGCGAGAGACGAAAGCGAGACGGAGAAGGAGAAGAUCAAGAAACUGCCAGAGUACAACCCCCGGACCCUCUGAUGCUCCCGGAGCCUCUCCAGCUCCACACCUCUCGCGGCAGCUGUCAUCUUCACGUGCACUGGGACGGGAAGUCAGACGAGGAAUUUUCAAAAGCAAAAGUUGACCGAAGGUGCAUUUUUGUUAAGACUCCCUGAGGUUCCGUUUUUAUAAGUGAUUCAACGUCAACUACCUUUUCUGUAUGCUUUCCAAAGUGUUGUGUUUCUUUUUUCCCCCUUAAUGAUUGAUUAAAAUAUUUGCUCAUAGUUGACUUACCAUUCCUACAAAAGAGGCAGAAACUUUGAGCAAUCUAGGUUUGUUUUUUGCUCUUUUUAAGUUUUCCUUUUUUAGCCCCCUCUCCUACAUACACUUGUCAAAGACACCCCUUCCCGGUUGAGAUUAGCAUUGUGAGCCCAGUGGGUGCUACCUGGGAGAGGAGUCACCACACGCUCAGAAAAAAAUGUCCCUUGUGGGAGCCGGCAGCAUCUAGGCAAAGACCGUCCCUGGUGGUCAGUCUCCAUCCAAAAUGGCGCCCGUGUGCUCGGAAGCAUCUGGGUCACUCCUCUCCUGCUUUUCCUUCUAGCCCGGCUCAGGCCGUAUGUGUUCUGCUUCUCCCCUUGGCUGCUUCUAAGCCCCCCGCUGCCUUUUGGCCGCGACAUUAAUAGAAUCUGCCGUUUUCCCCCCUGGUGGGGGAUCUGUGUUUAGCCAUUUAUAUCUGCUUUAGCUGUAAAAGAAGUCCAAAUGAAAAUCAGGUGAUUGUGGAACCAGUGGGGACUUGGGGGGGUGGGCAGAUGUGGGGACAGUGUAUCUGGUUCCAGAUCCGGCUCGAAGGCUCCUCUGAGCCGGGGCUGCCUCGCCAGCACUCGCCAUUAGAGAUUGACCAGCCAGCAGUAAAAAGUGCAUUCUGGAGUCCUUGCAAAGAAGGAUCAGCCCUUUGUGUACCAGCCUUUAUCGCCUUUGUGCUUCUGUCUUUAUUCCGACCCCCUUCCCCCCGCUGGAUCCUGCUGGAAGGGGCCCGGUCUGUUUGAGGCCCGGGUUCCUGUUCCGCUAACCCAGCUCUCUAGUCACGUUUGCUUGGCUGUGUAACCAAACAGUUGGGAUCACGGAAGAAGUCCCCUUCCCUGCGCGUCAGCACAGAGGCUGUGACUGCCACCCCGGCUCCCCGCCAAGUGCCCUGUGCCCGAACCCGUCCCCGGCGUCGCGCUGCGUGAGUUAUGAGGUGCCUUUCCCGGAACCCUCCUCUCGCUUGGACCCAAGAGAGGUGUGACAGCUCUGGCUGGGGCUCUUGGUUUCGAGAGGGUCUGGACUGGUUUGGGUGCUUUAAAAUAGAUUUUUUUAGUUCAGUGGUGCUUAUGGGGGAAACGGGGAUAGAACUUCAGUGUGAGACUUGGGUGAUGGGAAAGUUAAAUAUUGGUCUUUUUUAUUAUUAUUUUUUGCUUUGCUAUUGUUACCACUUUCGUCUCCAUGUUAAAAUGCCAAAAAUGA